AUGCCUCGAGGAUUCCUGGUGAAGAGGACCCGGCGGAGCUCCGCCUCCUACCGGCCGCGGCAGAGCUGCUCAUCGGUCCUGUGUGACGGCGACGGGAGCAGCAGCAGCAGAGAAGCGACCAGGGCUCCGGUGAAGGAGAGCUACGUGGUGAGUGUCUCCCCGGUGGACCGGACGGACGGACUGCUCCCGGUGCUCCGCGAGGACCCCCCCCCCGGUGUCCGGGAGGCGUGGAGCGCGCACGUGGAGUCCGCGCUGGAGGCUGAGGCGGAGCGGCGCGCGCAGCUCCCGGACACCGAGCCGCGGGGGGGCGAGGUGGAGGUCCUGACCCCCGGUCCCGACUUCUCCUGCUUCUUCCCGCCUCCGCCGCCUCCACGCGACCUGUCGUUCCCGGUGUCCUGCAGCCCCGUGCAGCCGGUCGGGACCAGGAUGCUGGAGCGGCACGAGGACCCGGAGCAGCUUCCGGUGCUCCCCGGGAGGAGCCCGACCUCCUCCUCCUCCUCCUGCCCGGGAGCGGAGCUACCGGAGCUGCCGUUCCUGGUGAGCUCCGCCCCGGCUUCCGUAGAGCGGCUCCUCCGCCACCACGCGCCACCCUACGGUCCCCCGGACCCGAGAGGGACCCACGUGCACCUGUUCCCGCCGAUGACGCUGAUGAACCCGGAGCAGCACGCGGAGAGGAAGCGCUCGUUCCUCGAACCGGAUCAGCGCGUGAGACACAGCAAACAGUCGGCCGGUCACGUGUCCAAGAAACCCAAGGUCAACCGGAAGCUGACCUUCGAGGACGAGGUCACGACCUCUCCGGUGCUGGGGCUGCGGAUCAAGAAGGAGAGUCCGGAGAUGAGGAGGCAGCGGGAGAAGUCGUGCGCGUCCACCGGGAGCCACCCGCUGAGGGAGUUCAUCUGCCAGCUGUGUAAGGAGGAGUACCCGGACCCGGUCUGCCUCGCGCAGCACAAGUGCUCCCGCAUCGUGCGCGUGGAGUACCGGUGUCCCGAGUGCGACAAAGUCUUCAGCUGCCCCGCAAACCUGGCGUCUCACCGCCGCUGGCACAAACCGCGUCCGGUGACCCACCCGGGAGCGGAGACCCCCCCCAGCACCAAGGGCCAGCCGCUGAAGGAGGCGCGCCGGCUCCUCACGCACGAGCGGCCGCCGGUGGAGACGGAGGGGAAAGAGAACGAGCUGCUGCGCGUGCACGCCAAUCAGCACCACCGGGCCCCGGACAGCAAUCAGCACCACCGGGCCCCGGACAGCUCCCGGCUCCGGAGAGACCAGUCCCUGCUCCUGCUGCGUGCGCGCUCCCGGGACAGCCCCGACACCGACAGCCUCCCGCCUCCUCCUCACUAUGACUCCUCCCCGCCCCCCCGGUACCGGCUCCCGGGGGAGAGCCGCCUGGAGCUGCAGCAGCAGCAGCAGGUGCGAGCGGCGGACAGCCCCCCGCCCGGCCUGCUGCUGCUGACCGGAAACCCGGGGGGGGAGCAGCAGCCCUCUCUCUCACACCCGCACCUCCCGUUCGUCCCGUCGCUCCCGGAGGAGGAGGUGUACGAGUGCCGGUUCUGCGGGAAGAAGUUCCGGCGGCAGGCGUACCUCAAGAAGCACCUGGCCGCGCACGAGGCCACGGCGCAGGCCCCCCCGCCCCCCCCGUACGGCCAGGCUCGCGACAGCAGCCACGUGUUCCUGUGCCACCUGUGCGGCGCGCGCUUCCCGUCGGUGGAGAUCCGGGACAAACAUCACCUGUGGCACGCGAUGAGGGACGAGCUGCUGGCGGGAGGAGGAGGGGGAGGAGGGGGAGGAGGAGGAGGAGGGGGGGUGUUCCACGCGCACCGGGAGGACAGCGGGGAGUGCGAUCAGCAGCAGCAGAUCUUCACGUGCAAACACUGUCCGUCCACGUUCUUCAGCUCCCCGGGGCUCACGAGACACAUCAACAAGUCCCACCCCACGGAGAGCCGGCACGUGAUGCUGCUGCAGAUGACCGUGAGACCGUGA